AUGACUGAACUACCAUCUACAUUGAAAUUAAAGCAAGAGCUCUCGAGCAUUGACACCGGUUAUGGGCUAAUGUCCCUCACCUGGAGGGCGGAGCCAGUUCCCAAGCCACAAGCCUUUGAUGCCAUGAAAAAGGUAAUCGAGAUCGCGCAAUCGAUGGGCCACAAGGCUUUCUUCAAUGUUGGUGAGUUUUACGGACCAGAUAGGGCCAAUUUGCGCUAUGUUAAGGAAUUCUUCGAGAAAUAUCCUGAACUGAGGAAGGAUACACUGAUCAGUUGCAAGGGAGCUGCUGACAUCGCGACGCUGACUCCCAAUGGAAGGCACGAUGACGUUGUGAAGAGCGUUGAGAAUUGUGUUGCUGCAAUCGGGGGAUUCAUAGACAUUUUCGAGCCUGCCAGACUAGAUCUGUCCAUCUGUAGUGAUGGCCAGGCUUAUCCUUACGAGACUUUUGAAGCGCUUGCUGAAAUGGUGGAAAGGGGCGCAAUUGGUGGCAUUUCUUUGAGUGAAGUCACUGCAGAUCAGAUUCGUGCGGUAUAUAAAGACUGGAGCAAAUAUUUGGUUUGUGUGGAGGUUGAGCUUUCAAUGUUUACCCCAGCUAUUUUGACGAACGGAGUCCUGGAGGCAACUAAUGAGUUGAACAUCGUUACUAUUAUCUACUCGCCUUUGGGCAGGGGAUUGCUGACAGGAACGAUCACUAGCAGCAAAGAUAUUCCCGCUGGUGACUUUAGAAAUCAAUUGCACAGGUUCAAAGACGAGAGCUUAAAACAGAACUUGACGCUAGUUGCCUUCUUGCAGCAGGAGAUAGUCCAGAAAAGACCUAAGAGUGAGGAGAUUACCUUGCCCCAGUUGGCUUUGGGCUGGGUGAAACAUUGGAACAAGACGAAGCUUUGUGCCAAGACCCAUCUGCUGCCUAUACCUAGUGGCUCUAGCGUCACAAGAGUGGAAGAGAAUAUGAACGAAGUGAAGGCCCAGAUCACGGACGAGGAAUUUGAAAGAAUAAAUGACUAUCUGAAGAGUUUCAAGACUAUUGGGGACGCAUAUGAAAUGGCAAACUAA